GAAGAAAAUAAUACGACAACUAACAUCUGCAGGGUGCUGGUUCCUUUGUGUCCAAACCAAGGAAAGCCUCUCCUCCUUCUCUCUCCUGCCAUUGCCUUCUGGCUCUCCUCUAUUCAAGCUGAGGAAAAGGUAGCUGCAUGCUCUCCUUGCCGAGCCGGCGCCAUGGAGGCCAACAAACCAAGCUACUAUCUCUUCGCCGCUGUCUUUGCGGCACUCCUUCUGUCCUCCAUGGCUGGCGCGCCAAGGAAGCUUCUUAAUGAAGAUCAUGCAGGAUCGACGAUGCAGGAUGGCGACGAUGUGUUGGUGGUGGUGCACGGCGGGAGAAUCCUCAGGCAGGUGAAGACGAACGACUAUGGGUCCUACGACCCAACUCCGACCAUGGCGAAGCCUCACUUCAAGGACAUACCUAACUGAUUAACCGGCCAUCUACAUAUCUGAGAUCGACGGCUGGAUGUAUACUGCUGCUACGUGCUUCAACUAUCAAGAUCUUGACCGAUGGCCGGGUUAAUGAUCCCACACAUAUAUGGGAAAGUAUGAUAUGCCCUACAUAUUAUUUUGUCCUCAAUAAAUCUCGUCUCAUGUAUAUCAAUGAGCGACACGCGCGUGGAACAUAUAUAUUUGUAUGUAUGUACACUUGUAUUUUGUGGAUAUAUACACGGUCGUGUGCAUUCUU